AUGGUCCAAAAUACACUGGAUAUUCCCAUCGGGCCGUUCGGUGGAGGCCGGUCAACGGUGUUGCAUGAGUGUGCAGGUCUGGGCGCUGCUGGUUGCGCGCGCGUUGUGCCAGCUCUCGCCGUCGGCGCAUGGUCCAUGGCCUCCUCGCCACUCCGUCCACUCCGCUCACUCGCCGACAUUGUGCGUCUAUACCUCGUCCUCACCCUCGUAGCAGCUAUCCUCUGCUACCGCCUCGUCCGCUGGCUGUCUCACACCAACAAGCAGCACGUCAUGGCUCCCCCUCUCACCAAGAGCGCUGAGAAGCAGCUCAUCGCAGAGUUCCGCGACGUCACCGGCACCUCCGCGACGGACGCGGCCAAGUUCCUCAAGAAGUACAAGUAUGACUUGCACCGUGCCAUCAACGGGUACUUGGAGCACGCUACGUCGGGCGGCGGCAGCGCCAGCAGCUCGGCCGACAACGCCAAGAAGAUUGGUGACAUUUGGGAGCGCUUCAAGGAUGCCUCCAACCCCAAGCUUGUGACCAUUGAGGGCACCAUGGCCUUGUGCGAGGAGCUCGACAUUGACCCCGCCUCGGACUCUGUGCUCUUCUGCCUCGCAUCAGACCUCGGAUCCAAGGCUACUGGCGAGUGGGAGAAGGAGCCCUUUGUGCAGGGCUGGUUGUCGAUUGACUCGUCGAUCAACUCCAUUGCCAAGAUGAAGGCCGCCCUCCCCACGCUCCGCACCAAGCUCAACUCGAACGCCGAAUACUUCAAAAAGGUCUACAUGCACACGUUCGACCUGUGCAAGGCGCCUGGCGCCCGCGUCCUCGCUCUCGAGACGGCCAUCGACAUGUGGUCGUUGUACAUUCCUCCUGCGCUCCAUGCCCGCCCCAGUGCCCUCUCUCGCGUCCCCACCGGAUCAAGCCCCACGGGCAAGUCGACCGACACUCCCGCCGAGUUUGGCGAUGCCGACCUCGACCUGUGGCUCGACUUUAUGCGUGAGAAGAACCGCGCCGUCAGCAAGGACACCUGGUCCUUAUUCAUCGACUUUGUGCGCACCAUUGACGCUGCUUACACGGAGUAUGACGAUGAAGCCGCUUGGCCGUCGACCAUUGACGACUUUGUCGAGUACGCGCGUGCCAACAAGGCCAAGGCCUAG